CUGACACAGACAAGAUGAUAGAGAUAAAGACACUCGGGCUCAUUUUCAUCAGCUUUUCAUUGCUUCACGGUUUUGUUGCAGCAUUGAACUGUACCAGCCCAAGUCCUGAAUCCUUGUUUGAUGCACUUGAGAGAGAACUAUUUCCUAGAAAACUACUGCGACCUGUAAAACGCUUUUCAGAUACACUGAAUGUAUCCAUCACUAUCACUGUGGUGGGAAUUUUAGAAUUGAAUGAAAAAACCCAGGCCUUGACAAUGUUCAUUUUGCAAGUCCUGGAGUGGGAUAUAGAGGGACUGAGCUGGGAUGAGGAGGAAUGUGGAACUACUAGAGUCUCUGUCCCUCGAGAAAAGCUUUGGAUCCCAGACGUCCAAAUCCGAGAGUUCGUGCACGAGGACGAAUCUCCCCAAACUUCCUCUGUCUACUUAUACAACACAGGUCAUGUAUAUGAUGAUAAACCCAUCAGAGUGGUCGCCACCUGCAAAUUUGUAAUCUACACUUUCCCCUUUGAUAUCCAAAACUGCUCGCUGACCUUUAAACCAUAUCUGCACGUUGCUGCAGACGUAAGGAUGAUUCAGAGCACCACAGCUGCAGAGAUCCUGGAGGAGUCCAGACAAGUGAUGCAGAUCAAAGGGGAGUGGGAGCUUGUAGAUAUCAAAUCAGCUCCAAUUAACCUGAAGAUGACCAAUGGAAGCAGCACUGGGGUCAAAUACCAUAUCAUUUUGAGACGUAGGCCACUCCUCUAUGUGGUGAACCUCCUGAUCCCCAGCUGCUUCCUCAUCACAGUGGACCUCUUCAGCUUCCUGCUGCCUCCCCACAGUGUGGAUCGGUCCUCCUUUAAGAUGACCCUCAUCCUGGGCUACACCGUUUUCCUGCUCAUCAUGAAUGACUUGCUGCCUGUCACUGGAAAUGCAACACCUCUCAUGAAUGUCUUCUUCUCAGUCAGUCUUGCUCUGAUGGUGGCCAGCCUGUUGGAGACAGUGUUAAUCACUAAUAUCCAGUUCAGCUCCAGCCAGUACAGUGCAGCACCUAGAUGGCUCAGUGUCCUUGUGCUACGAUAUCUAGCUGUUAUCGUUUGUGUCCCUCCAAUAAAGAAGAGCAACCGCGUUACAGUCUCUCUUCACCCACCUGCUGGAGCAAUGAGUCCCAUCACCAUCUCUUCAAGAGAUCUUCCGAGCGUCUCUGGUAAUACACCUCCAGCGAACACCCCUCCGGUGCCAGCCCUGGAUCAACUGAGGAAGCUGAGCAAAGAUCUCAUGGCCAUCCGCCUCCAGAUAGAAAAACACUUCCAGGGGAACAGUGCCUCGCAGGAAUGGCAAAUGAUUGGGGCAGUCAUUGACCGUUUCCUGUUCGGCUUGUACCUUGUCUUUAUUUUGGCCUGCUUUGUCACCAUUGUAUGUAUCUGGAUCUGGAGUCAAGCACACAUAGGUUGACCUGAUGGAAAGGAUUAAUCACACAACUGACUUGAUCAUCAGCAAAAGUUUGACCAGUUAGCAGCUUACAGUUAGCAAGACAAAAUUAAAUAAAUAAACAGCAGGGAAACAAAAUGAAAUGCAGAAAAUGGCCAGUAAGAACAGCAGGAGGACCUUUUUCAAUGUAUGUAUAGAUACCAACUGUUUUUUUAGAGCAGACUCAGGGCAAAAAAAAACAACUGUGAACCAACCAAUAUUUAUUUUAUUACCUUUGUUUAUUUGAGAGAUUCUGAUAUACUGUAGAUCCUGUAUUUUAAAAUGUCAUGUGUACACUUCAAGCUUAAAGCACCAAAAAAGUAUAUUUGAAAAGCUCAACAGCAAUGUCUCCUUCCAUAAACCAUAACAAGUUACUCAAGAUAACCCACUGACCUUGCUAUGAGCAGUUUCAUGUAGGAAGUAUUUUCCUUCUACAAAAAUGCACCCACCAACCGUAUUACCACACAGAAGGAAGCGUGCAUGUACUCAUAGACGAAAGGCUUUUGCUUGUGACAGCACAAAAUGUAAACAUUAAUGGUGUCCUUUUCAGCUGAGCUUUAAUGUUAUCUUGUUCAGUGGGGGUGGACUGUCCCUUUAAAGAAUCAAAUCCAGUCAGAAUCACUUACCAACAAGCAUAGCUCAAGACACCCUAAGGUCCUAACCUUUAUGAACGGACAGUCUCUCGAAGGUUGCAAUGCUCCUUUUGAAAACAAAGCUCCAUUCUACUGGAAUAAUUUUCCUUUUAUUCGGAGAUCUUUAAUCUUUUUCUUCUGCUUUGGAGAUCUUUAUUUUUUCAUCUUUAAAUAUGUUUAGGCUUUUGUCUGGGUCAUUGUAUUUGAUUCUUUCUGUACAACAGAUGAAGAUGGGUAAGAGAGGGUGACAAGCUGUCUAUAUCUGUGUGUUUAUAGUGUAUGUUUUUCAUGUAAUGUUGUUUAUUUGUCUUUUAUGAUUUUAUAUUUGUGUCUGUGAGACCUCAUUUAAAUAGAAUUGCUAUAUCUCAAAGAGCUGUCCUUUCAAUAAGUUCCUUAUACACCACUGGAGAAUGAGACAGGUUGUAACUCCCAUAGAUGGCAGUGUUGA